UCUUUAUAAAGACACACUCUCCUCUCCUCUCGUUCCCCUUCACAUUCUCCUCGCGAAACCAAAUUUUAAUUCUUUCUUUGUAUGGCACUAGCCCUUUUGUCUCACGAGGUAUCCGAUCUCUGCAUCGGCAAACCGCCUCUACGGUGCCUCUCCGCCGUCACAGCCACCGUCGCUGACGUCAUCUCUGCCCUCAAAUCCUCCGACGAACCUUUCCUCAGCGUAUGGAGCUGUGAUCACGACGAAACCAACGAUGAUAUUAACAAGUGCGAAUGCGAGUGUGUGGGUAAGAUCUGUAUGGCAGAUGUGAUCUGUUACCUAACUGAAUCAGACAACAAGGCUUUGUCUCUUUCCUCUGUUUCCGUCUCUGUUCUUCUUCCCAAAUCUCGUUCCAUCGUCGUUCAUGUCCAAUCUUCUUGCAAGUUAAUUGAAGCCAUUAAUCUGAUAACCGGAGGAGCACAGAAUCUGAUCGUUCCGAUUCAGACUAAACCAAUCACAAAGAGAAGACAACAAACCCGAAACGCUGUCGUUUCUCUAACCACCACCAUCGCAACAACAACUCACAAGAACAGCCGACAGUUCUGCUGGAUUACACAAGAAGACAUCAUCAGAUUCCUUCUCGACUCCAUCAGCGUCUUCUCCCCAUUACCAUCGCUCUCCAUCUCCGACCUCGGCGUGAUCAACAGCACGCACGCUAUCCUCUCCGUCGACUACCACUCCUCCUCCGCCGCCUCCACCGUCACCGCCGUUUCUCGCGCCAUCGCCGAUAACAUCUCCGUCGCGGUGGUCGACGACGGAGAAUGUGACGGAGAAGACACACGUGCGAUUUUAAUCGGGGAGAUAUCGCCGAUGACGCUCGCUUGCUGCGACGAGUCGGCGGCAGCAGCGGUUGCUACGCUCUCUGCCGGCGAUCUGAUGACGUACAUUGACGGUGGAGGCCCGCCGGAGAGUCUUGUGAGAGUCGUUAGGAACCGUCUCGAAGAGAAAGGUUUGGUGGGUUUGAUCUCGCUGGUUGAUUCUUUGUCGGGGUCUUCUUCUUCGUCGGAUGAAGAGGCUCCGGUGGGGAGGAGGACGAAGUCGUCGUAUGGGAGGUCGGUGAGCAGUGCGGCAAGGAUGGCGAGGAAGUCGGUGGCGAUAGUGUGUAAUCGGAGAAGCUCGUUGAUGGCUGUGAUGAUACAAGCGAUUGCUCGUAGGGUGAGUUAUGUGUGGGUGGUUGAUGAAGAUGGUUGUUUGGUUGGUAUGGUUACUUUUGUUGAUAUUUUGAAGCUCUUUAGAGGAUUUUUGGAUGAUCAACACUAAGAAUCAUCAUCAUCAUCAUAAGUUUUAUUACAUUCUUUUUUUGUUAGAAGUUUCAUAAACAUACAGCCAAAACAGAUGUUGUAUGAGUUUCUUUUGGUGAAAGUUGCCAUAAGACCAAAGUUCCUGAGGAAUAUUUCGGGUCAUGUGUUAAAUCUUUGAUUUUUGGAUCUCAAUGACAGUUUUGAAUCUUAAA